AUGUCGACACCGUCUUUCCGCAACGGCCAUGGGUACUUGUUGAUAUCCCUGAGUGUGGCGGACUUCCUUGUGGGCUGCGUGUCUGUUCUGUCUAUCUACCCGUCUGCUACCUUGGAGGGUACGGCCGAUGCCUGGCCUUACGGCGACACGGUCUGUCUUAUUGCGGCCUAUGUCGGUCAGGUAGCGCUGAUGAACUCGGGCCUGGCUCUGAUGCUCCUCAGCAUCGAACGGUACAUUGCUGUGGCCCACCCUCUGAAGUUUGGCCACCUGGUGACCAAGAAGACUGUGUCCAUCGCCAUCGCGAUGUGCUGGUUGCUGGUCGCUUCAGUAUUUACGACGAUUUUUGCUGGUCUUCCUCCUCACUUCUACUCCCCCCAACUCUACAUAUGCCAGUCAGUUUUCACAGAAAACUCGACAUUUAGUCUUGUGCUUCUCGUCACGGCGGUGCUCCCGUGCAUCAUUAUUAUGCUUGUCACAUCGGCAAUAGCUAAAAGAAAGCUGAAGGAAAGUGCCCGCCGACGAGCCGCCAUGGUGCCUGCCAUCGCGCAGUCUUCCACGGCGAGCCAAGAGUCUGCCCUGGCUAACGGCACGUCUCAAACCUCCCUAAAACUUGACCGCAUGGUGAGGCUCAUGAUGAUUGCAGUAAUAAUUCAUAUGUGCCCUUUUGUGGUGGUGUUCAUUCUCACAGUAGGUGGCAAGAAGAUCCCCCAGGUGAUUUCAUUUGCCACAUAUUGGUGGCUUAUCUGCAACAGCUUCGUCAACACCGUUAUCUAUUACAAAAAAAACGCCAAAUUCCGGGCCAGAAUGCACGAACUUAUAGCCAGAGCUGCCCCUCAGUACUGUAUUGACUUCGAGGCAGAUCUUUCCUGCGCCUGGCGGAGUUCUAAGAGAAAGAGUGAGCCGUUGUCUCCCUAUGAAAAUCCUGGAAGGCCAAACUUAGAACUGACAGGCGUCAGAACUGACUCAGGAAACUGUGUAGAGAAUGACGGCUUUCGAGACACCAACAGCACCCAAACGAGAACUGAGUAG